CGUGAGGCGUGCCAGUCAGAUUCCGCGGGAGGGCGGCAGAGAUACCGCGAUAUUUGGGAGCGGCCCCGAGACGCGCCUGGCGCGGAUCCUAAAUCCCGACAGCUUUAUGGAGCCCAGGCCUGGCAGGCUCCCAGAACUUGAAGCCACCAGACCCCACAUGGAACCAAAGGCCUCCUGUCCAGCUGCUGCACCCUUGAUGGAGAGAAAAUUCCAUGUUCUUGUGGGUGUCACAGGGAGUGUCGCGGCCCUGAAGUUGCCUCUUCUGUUGUCAAAGCUUUUGGACAUUCCUGGGAUGUGGAAGAGCCGCUCUGACCCAGUUCUGCACAUUGACCUGCGGAGGUGGGCAGACCUCCUGCUGGUGGCUCCUCUUGAUGCCAACACUCUGGGGAAGGUGGCCAGUGGCAUCUGUGACAACUUGAUUACCUGCAUCAUCCGGGCCUGGGACUGCAGCAAGCCCCUGCUCUUCUGCCCGGCCAUGAACACCGCCAUGUGGGAGCACCCGAUCACAGGGCAGCAGGUAGACCAGCUCAAGGCCUUCGGCUAUGUUGAGAUCCCCUGUGUGGCCAAGAAGCUGGUGUGCGGAGACGAAGAGAUGGGGUUUUACCAUGUUGCCCAGGUUGGUCAUGAACUCCUGGACUCAAGUGAUGCUCCUGCCUUGGCCUCCCAAAGUGCUGUGAUUACAGGCAUGAGCCAUGGUGCCUGACUUGAAGAUAUUCAUCAAGGCCUUUGGAGUAGAAAUAGGUCUGCUUUUCUUGUCACAAGCUAACAGAGGAAAAUGAAUUUUGAGUAUCCUUGUGUGCUUUUAAUAAACCUUUGAAAUCCCUGAUCUCAAGGAGCUUAUGUUCUUAUGGGAGAAAGACUCACAGUGAUCAAAUAAUGGCAAACAGUGAAAGUGAGACUGUGUGGCAUGGACUCUACUUCAGAAUUGAGCAGUCAGGAUGGGUCCCCUGAACAGACCAGAACUUGGGCUGGGGCUUGCAGGAGGACCAAGGAUACAAAGGGUGAAGACAUGCUGCCAUGUGCUUGAUGUAGGACACCCAGGGAGGAACUCAGGCUCCACGUGCUGGGAAGGUUGGGAGCUGUUCAGUAGGGGAGGCACAUGGUGAGUGUGGCGUGCGGUGAAGAUCAGCCAGGCUGUAUGUGCAGAACAGAUUGGGUCUGGAUUGAGAAGCUGGAGUCUAGGAGGAAGCCAGGAUGCUAAGAAGGGGAAUCUAGGUUGUGCUGAAGGCCUUGACCACACUCCUAAUUCUGGAAAAGGGGUGACAAAAGUGAGUAACAAUGUGAAGAAAAAUCAACACCAUUAAAAACUGUAGAAACCACGGUCUUUUCCAAAGGUGGUGUGUACUAAAAACAAAACAAAACAAAAAAUAUCCAACAAACAAACAAAAAACAACCCACUAUCCUUGUGGCCAGUGGAGGGAGGGAGACUAAAUGACACUGUAUGUGUGUGUUGGUACAAGAUUUAUAGCAAUCUUCAGCCCCACCCGCGAAAAAUAAUUUUGCUUUGCUUAUUAUAGUAUA